AUGGCUGUAAACAUCCCGGGGGUGAUAGCUGUAGCUGUGUUUUAUGUGAUCAUUCUGGCAACUGGAAUAUGGGCAUCUCGAAGGUCCAGGCAAGAGGAGAAGAGAACCACUGGGACUGGAACAGAAGUCACCCUGAUCGCUGGUCGAAAAAUAAAUAUCAUUGUGGGAAUUUUCACAAUGACAGCUACAUGGGUUGGAGGAGCCUACAUCAUGGUAACAUCUACAGCUACCUACGACCCUACAAAGGGCUUGAUCUGGGCAACAAUGCCCCUGGACUUCAUCAUUAAUUUUUUAUUAGCUGGUUUUUUCUUUGCUAAACCACUGAGGGAAAAGGAGUAUGUUACAAUGAUGGACCCGUUUCAGCUGAAGUACGGGGAUACUGUGAGCUGUGCUCUCCUGAUUCCUAUCCUGAUCAGUGACAUAUUCGUGGUAGCAAGCACCUUGGCGAGUUUAGGAGGAACCUUAAGCGUGAUUCUGGAUAUAUCCUCUUUCUACUCCAUAUGCACCUCGGCCGCUGUGGGCAUAAUCUACACACUUCUCGGGGGAAUGUUCUCCGUGGCCUAUACUGACAUCAUACAGCUGCUGUUCAUUGCUGUUAGUAUGUGGCUGUGUGUUCCAUUCAUGAUGCUGAAUCCAGCAUCCACUGACAUCACGCUUACAGCAUUCAAUGGCACCUUCCAAGCUCCUUGGGUGGGAAUGUUGGAGCCAGGGGAUGUGGGGUUGUGGAUAGAUGAAUUCCUGGUUUUGAGUCUUGGAGGUCUGGCCUAUCAAUCCUUGCACCAGAGAAUCCUGUCAGCAUCGUCGGUCAGAGAUGCCCAGGUCAUGUGUUUCUCUGCAGCUGGUUUUUCCAGCAUCAUGGGCAUUCCUUCAAUACUCGCUGGGGCAGUGGCUGCAUCAACAAACUGGAACAUGACCAGUUACGGUUCUCCCUCUCCCUAUGAGCGCGGAGAAGCCGGUAAAAUCCUCCCGAUCGCUCUGCAGCACCUCGUGCCCAACUACAUCUCCAUCUUGGGCACCGGGGCUGUAGCAGCGGCUGUGAUGUCAUCCAUGGACUCCGCUCUCCUGGCCUCAGCCUCCUUAUUUAGCAAAAACAUCUACAAAGCAUUGAUUAGAAAGCAGGCCUCCGACCGAGAGCUGCAGUGGGUGAUCAAGGGCUCGGUGACCGUGGUGGGGCUGGCGGGAAUGGGACUGUCCUUCCUGGAGGACAGCUUUCUGCCGCUCUUCGUCUUCAGUACCGACGUGCUGUACACCGUGGUUCUGCCCCAGCUUGUGUGCGUCCUCCACCUGCCCGUCACCAACGUGUACGGCGCCGUGGGCGGCUACGUCUCGGGCGUGGCCCUGAGGCUGCUGAGCGGGGAGCCCUUACUCCACCUGCCCCCCGUCAUCCACUUCCCCGGCUGCAGGCUCGUCGACGGCGUGUACGUCCAGCACUUCCCUCACCGGAGCCUGGCCAUGCUGCUGUCGCUGUGCAGCACCGCCCUGAUCUCCUACGCCACGGCCGAGCUGCUCCACCGAGGCGUGCUGCCGAGGAGCUGGGAUCUCCGGCCGGCUGGGACAGACGCGCCUCGCGUGGGAUGUGCUAACGUGACCGGUAACGCUGAUAACGAACAGCCUGCGGCUUCAGAUCAACUGCUGGACACAAGCUGUUAG